AUGAGCUGCUCAUCAGCUGCCGGCCGGAAUCUGACCACCUGGCUGCUGCUGGAUUCACUGUUAAAAACCAGAAGAGUGGUGUACGUGUUUCUGUGCGAAGUGGUGCUGAAAGGAAAAGGACCGCUGCAGGUGUAUGAGCUACUUGUCAGCGCUGCGCAAUACCUGUUGGACAGUUUCCUGUACUGCCAGAUGAUACUGCGGCACUAGUGGCCGGCCGCCGCGAAAUCCGGAGCCCCGGGAUUUCGCCCCCGGCGCCCGUCUCACCGGCCCUCGGGGGUUUAUGAUGUACGUACUGGGGUUAAGGCACAGAUGACGGCAAAUCAAGCUGAACACUGGCAUCUAAUGUAGAUGCGAUAAGGGCUGUUUUGCUGCAAAAAUGUUAAGUUUGAUGUGCUGUCGACUGUGCAUUUCGUCCACGCAAAAACUGGUCUGC